CCGAACGGCAGGUUGUAUAAAAGUGCCGCGCCCAAUGAUGCCGGCCAACAGAGUUCAAUAGCAGCUGCUGCUGUGAUCAACCAGCAACCGGGCAGAACAAACGCUAAGAGCGCGAUAUCGGCGGGCACAAAGCCGUGCAGAAUAAUUAUUGUUGUUGGUUAUUGGCGCUUUGCCGCUUGAAAAUUAUAUCCACGUUAUUAUUGUUAUUGUUGUGAUUGCGAUUGUGAUUGUUUUUGCAGCGCUUUACGAUUGAAUUGCUCGCGCAAACAAGUUACAUAAACACACGCGCACACACACAAACAUAACGCGUUUGUUGCACUAUUGUAGCUGUUGAAUAAAGUAAAAUAAAUUAAAAUCGAAAAAAAUUCAAUAAAAUUAAUACUUGGCAUUUGCAUUGAUACGGUCUCUCGAAGCGCACUAAUUUGCCGUAAUUUAAACAUAACAUUAAAUUAACGGUGAACCAGCAGCUGGCGGAACUGUUGCGCUAUCCAGUUGUUGUUUGCGAAACGUGGAGUUCGGAGCAUCGAAUAAGAUUUUUUACAUUAAAAUUUAGCACACUUCUUUGUGCGAAAAUGACUGCUAGUCACAAAACUUCGAAGUUGUUUUUGUUGCUGCUGGCUUUGCUAGCGUUUGCUAGCAAUACUCGUAAGUGCGCAUUCGCGGCGAUUCUAGCGCCCAUGCGCGAAGUGAAAGUCGUGGACGAUAUCGCAUCCAAUGUGCUUACCAAUCUCGAAGUGGAGGCCUACAAUGAGCGACGACAUCAUCGUAAUAUGGAUAAAAACUUUAAUAUGGAUAAAGAAUUGGAGGAUGAAAGUGAAGACGACGAGUUCUGUGUGUGGCACAAAUGUGAUAAUGACUUGCGCGAGCCACGCGGCUUCAAGAAAUACUUUGAUUUGUCAUUUUUGAAGAAAUUUAUGAGUCAUUUGAAUCCCUUUGGCAUGUCGCAGAUGAAUAUGAAUUUCUACCUCUUCAAACAGGACUUCCCUGAAUGUGGGCGUGAACUGAGUGUCAGCGAUAAGCGCGAAGAAAUAUUGCGAGCUGGCUUUAAUCCCAGGCAACCAACGCGCAUCAUCAUACACGGCUGGAUGAGUCAGUCGCGUGGCUCCUUUAAUCGCGACGUCAAGAAUGCCUACCUCAAGCGCGGCGAUUACAAUGUGAUUAUCGUUGAUUGGAGCGCCAGCGCCACGAAUGUCAAUUACUUCGCGGUCGUCAAGAUGAUUGAGGGCUUUGGCGCACAAGUCGCACGUUUCACGCAGCACUUGCAGCGUACCGUUAAAGCAGAUUACGAUGAUAUGUACCUCAUCGGUCACUCGUUGGGCGCACAAAUUGCCGGCGCUGCUGGCAAACUUAUACAACCCGCGCGCUACAACACCAUCUUUGCCUUGGAUCCUGCGGGUCCUAAGUUCCGUCAUCGUAGCGCUGAGUUUCGUAUCGAUCCCACGGAUGCCAAAUAUGUCGAGUCGAUACAGACAAGCGGCAAUUUGGGUUUCCUCGAACCAACCGGUAAUGCUACGUUCUACCCGAAUUAUGGUUUUUACCAAAGUCGCUGCUAUUAUGUGGGUUGCUCACACAUACGCGCCUACAAAAUGUUUGCUGAGUCUAUCACAACCGAUGUGGGUUUCUGGGGCACGCGUUGUGAACGUCGUGAGCCGGAAUGGCAGUGUAAUGAAGAGGUGUCACCUGCGGAUCUCUAUCGAAUGGGCGGUGAGCCCGCACAGCUGAAAAAUGGCAUUUUCUAUGUGAAGACGGGAACGGGUGCCCCGUUUGCGUUGGGUCGCAGCUGGCAGAAUGAAGAGGCGUAAGACGGGACGUAUGGGUGGGAUUGAGAGUAAGGACUUUUUCGCGUUAAUAAUGUGAAUGAAACGAGAUCUUACGAAAUGUGAUACUUGUUCCAAAGCUUGCCACUUGAAAUUAGUCAGAAUAACAAAGAAAGAAUUCUUUCCAUGAAAACAUAAAAUUCCGUCAUAUACAAGUAUAAAACUUUUUAUAUAUAUUACAUAUUUUUACAUAAUAUAAUUUUAUUUAAAUAUUUUUUAAGCGAAUAUGAUUUAAAUAUUUUAUUUUUAAUCUAAUUAUGAUUAAAUAAUUUUAAUUUGGAAUAAAAUUUUAAA